AAUAAAAUAAAAUUCAAAUUCUAAAUUUAGGGUUCGGCAUGGAAAAUAAUUUAACACUGAUUAAUGAAGAUCCGUUCCCAAUUAAAAUUGGAAUAAUUGGAGAUACUGAUCUGGAUUCAACAAUCUCACUUCAGGAUCGAAUGGAAUAUGCUGUUUGUACACCCUUUGGAAAACCUUCAGACGUUAUAAUUGAGGGCCUAAUCGAUGGCGUAAAAUGUGCCCUUCUCUCUAGAAAUGGGCGCUUGCAUGACAUCAUGCCGACAAACAUAAACUAUAGAGCUAACAUUUGGGCAAUGCGGAAAUUGGGAUGCACACACAUCUUGGUAACCCACACUUUUAGUUCUUUGAGGGAUAAUAUUACACCAGGAGACAUUGUCGUACCACACGAUCUAAUAGACCACACAACAAGACGUGCUCAGAGUUUCUAUGAUGGUGCAAUUGGCAGUCCCUUUGGUGUCUGCCAUUUACCAAUGUACCCUGCAUUUUGCGAGCGUACAAGGCAACAUCUUCUAAGCGCUGCACAAGAGCUUGACCUCAGCACGCACUCCAAAGCUACAGUUCUCACACUCGAAGGCCCUCGUUAUUCGACACUUGCUGAAAAUAAUAUAUAUCGCUCAUGGGGAGCGGAUCUUCUCAGCAUGACUCUAUGUCCUGAAGCCACUUUGUCCAAGGAAGCGGGCAUUUUAUAUGCCCCGAUAGGGCUGGUUACCAACCAAGAAUGCUGGUGCGCCAAACAGCCCAUUUCAACCACCCAAGAAAUAAUAUAUGUGUUUAAAAACAAAGUCGAAAAGUUCCAAAAGGUACUCAGCAAAGCAAUAGCUAACAUUUCAAAGGAGGACUGGUCUCAAGACAUUUUGAAAGCUAAGAUAUUGGUGUGCAGUAAUUUUGCAAAUCGAAAUAAAUAAAAUGUGUUUAAGAAUAGACAAAAACAUAAAAUGCUCUCGUG